UCCUACAGUGCUCAAGAGGAGCCUUGGGUCCUGGAAGAACUUGUGCCCAAACUUGAGGGUCAACAUGGCUUGAGAUUGUGCCUUCAUCACCGAGACUUCCAGCCAGGAAAGGCCAUUAUCGACAACAUCAUGGACGCAAUAUACAACAGCCGCAAAACCGUCUGCCUGAUCACACACAACUACCUGAAGAGCGUUUGGUGUUCGCAUGAGAUCCAGGUGCCCAGCUUCAGACUUUUCGAUGAACAGAAAGACGUUUUGGUUCUAGUUUUCCUCAAGGAUAUUCCCACGCACCAGCUUUCGCCGUAUUACCGAAUGCGGAAGCUGGUGAAGAAACGGACGUAUCUACGGCGCCCCAAACCUGGAGAAGAUAAUCGAGCAUUCUGGCAGAAACUCAAAAUGGCCAUCGAGACUAAAGAGAACAUGGAGGACAGACAGAUUCUUUCUGGAAAAGAUGAAGAUCAUGUUUAA